AUGCUUAUCGUCGAGUGCAACGGAUCCCCGUUCGAGUCAAAGUCUCCUAACAGUGAGCAGAUAGGAGUGCAGCAUGGCACCGCGGCCAAAAUCCACAUUGAACGAUGCAUUGCCUUCUACGCCUCACUGUUCCAGAAGGCGAGCAAGCUGGACUGGCCAGCAGUGCAGGACGUGGCACGGCGAUUCGAGCCACACAUCCAGCAGAAAUGGCCAAACUACUACGAAGAAAUGCAAGGCGUGGCCCAAGGCUCCGGACGAUCGAUUUCCGACAUCAUCGCCCUGAAUGUGCGAACGGAGAUUGCCUUCGGGAGCUUCAGUGACGGCUGCACGUCGCUGGCCUGGCAAACGGAGAAACGAGCAUACCUGGGGCAAAACUGGGAUUGGAAACAAGCGCAGCAGGAGAAUCUGAUCGUGCUCAAGAUCCAACAGGCCGGCAAGCCGGCGAUCCAGAUGAUCAGCGAGGCCGGUAUCAUCGGCAAGAUCGGGCUCAACUCGGCCGGGGUCGGGGUGUGUCUGAACGCGAUCCGCGCCCAAGGCAUGGACCCGACCCGGCUGCCGGUGCACCUGGGCUUGCGCAUGGUGCUGGAGAGCGCGACGGCGAAGCAGGCGGUGGCUGCGCUGGAGAGCUAUGGCCUCGCCGCAGCAGCACACAUGCUGAUCGCCGACCCCGGCGACGCCGUCGGGCUCGAGGUGUCGGCGUUGACCACGGCCCAACUGCUCCCGGACGCGCUGGGCCGCGUCGUGCAUUCCAACCACUUUGUUCUCCCCCACCCGGGCGUUGUCGACACCGUCUGGAUCCAGGAUUCGCUGUUCCGCAUCGCCCGCCUGACCGACACGAGCGCUGCCCUCGCGGCGGCGUCAAGUGCCAGUGCCAACCCGAACCCGUCGUGGGCCGAGGUGUCGCGCCUGUUUGAGGACGAGGAGAACGCGCCCACGGCCAUCUGCCGCUCCGAAACUGGGCCCAGCGAUUCCGCUACCUUGUUCAACAUCCUCAUGGACUUGAGGCAGAAGAAGGCCGUCAUUCGCAUGGGCAAGCCGUGUCAUGUCGACGAAACCGUGACUUUGGAGUUUUGA